CAGCCCAUUCCAACUGUCCAUCUCUAUCAUCAGCUAUCGUAAAAGACCUUUCCCCUCAACACACCAUGGACACCUUUCUUUUUAAGUAGUUUGAGAAAGCGCGUUUAGGGGCUUUUCCCGAAAUUGUGGAAAGUCCCAGAGUGAGGACUGCCACCGUCAAUGACCUCAUGGCUCAAGCGUUGGAGAGCUCCUUCGGAUGGGCCUCCAACCCAAAGUCCAAAAGAACCCCAAGUUCGAAAGGCGUCCACAGGGUUCUUCUCAAAACCCGAGCCUAAUGAUCCGAACGCCCCAGAAAGGAGGCUACAGCUCCACCAGAAGUGCAUCUAUGAGCGACUACUUCCCGGUAAUGCGUUUGUCUCAGCGCAUGUCAACCGCUUACAGCAUGGCUAUUAUGAGAGCAGUGCGAUUCACGAGCCAACAUUAGAAAACAUUUACUUCGUCUCCGUUCAUUUCGUCUUCCAUCCGUACAACACCCGAGAGCAUCGCUUCAAAUCGGCCGGCAUUCGGGUUUCAGUACACGGCGAUGCGGAAAGCCUGGAAACAAGUUGGUACAAUAACCCUCCUUCGAAUCCAAGAAUAUUAAAGCAUGCCCCUGAGCUCAUGUACGGGGCUGUAUCACCAGAGAACCUGCAGUGGAAUUUCAGCUUAUCGAGCUCCUUGGGAGUCUCACAAGCGCCGUUGGCUGCAACCGUGAACCCUUCCGGCGGCGUCCAUAGCAGUUAUAAAGUCUAUGAUAUGAUGAGUAUCCAGGGAUCUCUCCGAACGCUACAAAGCCCACUAGGACCUAAGUAUGAUGUUGAGGAUGGCAUGGCGGUUUGGACACUCCAGGAGAACCUGCUUCAAAGAUCUGGCCUGCCGCGGGAAUUUGACUUUGUCAUGCUUGUGUACAAACCGAAUGAUGUUAAAGACGUCUUCUUGAGUGUCGAUGUAGACGCGGCGGUGGAAAGUUGGUUUGGGCAAUAUCCGCAGUGGUACAUGAAUUUAUCGAAACACCAACCCUCUCAGGACUACCUCCUAGACCUCAAUACCGAUAUCGGUCAGAAGUUUCUACCUUCCCAUCCGGUCAGAGGCUUUAAUUUCGCAGAUCUUCCUCAUCCGCUCGAUGACUACGUUGCAAUGCCAGGCACCACAUACCCUACGAACGACACUCUUAAGUUAGAUGACCCAACAGCGCGAAGACCUAAAACUUUCAAUCAGAAUCCAGUAGACCGCAAAGCUAUACUGCAAAGUCAACAUACAAUACAGCAGCCACGCACUCCUGUAGUGGGCCAGAGAUCUUCGAAACAGGGCUCCGCAGCGAGCAGGCACAGUUGGGCACCGGAGACUCUCAAUGUCCGUGUAAUGCUCGAGCCUAGCUGUCCUCGGGCACCAUCCCCCCGCCGGUACUCUGGAUCUCCAAUCAACAGUCAAGAGCAGGUUCAGCACCGGUCUAUCCGUCGUACAAGAUCACGUUCGGGAUUGAAAGAGUACGGCGCUCAGCAAGCGCUGCAGGAAAUUGCCCGAGAGGCUCUGAAUACGGGAUGAUGACUCAAGACAGUGGUAAUGCCGCCGACAACUUACGCACUUUCUUACGAUCUAGGUCGUGACGACGGAGACAGUGGCCGAGUGUGGUUUCUCAAUGUUGAGCAAGACCUUUGCACUACCUCUUUUCUCAAUUUCCAAAGAGACACCUUCUCAUCUCGACUAAGCAUGAAGUCGUCGAAUGCAUGUUCUUAUUUGUGAUACCAAGGAUAUCUGGGGAAGACACGGCGUCCACGUGCAGGGGGUCAGUAAUUUAGGUAGGACCAAAGCAUGUUGUCUUGGUCCUCGAUGUUUCGGCUUCAACUAUAGUUUUCUACGUCUGCAAUUUGUGACACCCUUGUAUUCAAUCCGAGUCCUGUAGCCGUUGGACUGAAAGACCUAUUUCGCGGUC